AUGCACGUCAACGCUGCCCUUGCCAUCUUGGCGGCGAGCUGCCCGCUCGCCCUUGCCGCUCCGGCGGAGAGCGUUCCGGCUGGCCGAACCUCCCUCCGGCUGGUCAAGACGUCGGAGAAGGACCCGGGCCAGUGGGUCGACGAGAAGGACUUUUGGAACAAGUUCAUCUCAAAGAACAUCAACUUUGUCGACAUCACAGACAUCGAGGACAAGGAAGUCCUCGCGAUCCUGUCUGGGCAGACGGCAUCGACGUCAGUGGCCAACAUUGCCGCGACGUACCCGGACGGACCGCAGCAUGUCGACGAGGCCAACAAGCUCAUUUCGCAGUCCAACACGAAUGGGCCUCAGAGCUGGCUGAAGAUCUUGACUGAGUUCCACACUCGCCACUACCAGUCCCAGACGGGUCUGCAGGCAUCAAACUGGCUGUUCGAACAGGUCAAGAAGACUGCCGCGGCCAAUUCCGCUAUUACCGUGAAGCAGUUCAAACACACCCGCUUCAACCAGCCCUCUGUCAUCGCUCAGCUCCCCGGCGAGUCGUCCAACCUCGUCAUUGUCGGCGCGCACAUGGACUCGACGGGCGGGUCGUCCAGCGCGCGCUCCCCCGGCGCCGACGACAACGGCUCCGGCUCGGUGACGGUCCUCGAGGCGCUGCGCGUCGUCGCCAGCAGCGGCUUGAAGCCCAAGAACACGCUCGAGUUCCACUGGUACGCGGGCGAGGAGGGCGGCCUUCUGGGCUCCAAGGAGGUGUACGCCAACUACAAGCAGACGGGCAAGAAGGUCACGGCCUUCCUCAACCAGGACAUGACGGGCUACUCCCCGAACAAGAAGCCCGCCGUCUUCACCGACAACGUGGACGCGUCGCUUACGGCGUACGUGCGCAAGAUUGUCAAGCAGUACACGGGCGUCGAGCCGUCGACGUCGCAGUGCGGAUACGGCUGCUCCGACCACGCGAGCGGCCGCUCCAACGGCUUCCCGUCGGCUUUUGUUGGCGAGGACACGUUCGAUGCCAUGAACCCCAACAUCCACUCCUCUCGUGACUCUCUCGAGAAGAUUGAUUGGUCUGCCGUCCACCGCCAUGUGAAGCUCACGAUCGGCUUCCUGGUGGAGGCUUCCUACGUCCAAUGA